AAUUCAUGUAUGAGUCAUCUGAAUAAUAAUAGGUUAAAAUGUUGUUUUUUUUUACAUGAGUUCUUUAACAGAAUUUGUCUCAGACUUUCCCGGCAUAAAAUGGAUGUCUUUGCUAGAUACUACUGAGAUUACCUGUCACCAAAGAUGUAGGUUCACAAAACACUUUUGAGAAUGGCAUUAUUACUGAUGAAACAUUGACUGAUAAAUUCUAAGCACCAAGUUUUUGUAAAUGGAUGUAGUCUUGUAAAACAUUUUUAAUGUUCUUUAGGUAAACUGUACUGUACCCACUGUGGUGGGGUGUCUCUGCUCUACCUGCACCACAUGUCAUUAACCAAUAAUAUUUUUUUUCUCUCUUUGUGUCAGUGUGCUUUUGCCCCGCAAAAAGUUCAUCUAUCAUUACAAAAACAUGCGCUGGGCAAGGGGCCGGCAUGAGACAUACCUCUGCUUUGUAAUUAAAAGGCGAGUGGGGCCAGAUUCCUUAUCCUUUGACUUUGGACACCUCCGGAAUCGUAAUGGCUGCCAUGUAGAACUGCUGUUCCUGCGCUACCUGGGAGCCUUGUGCCCUGGUUUGUGGGGGUGUGGAGGUACUGGAGAGAGGAGGCUCAGUUACUCCAUCACCUGGUUCUGCUCUUGGUCUCCCUGUGCCAACUGCUCCAUCCGAUUGUGCCAGUUCCUCAGCCAGACCCCCAACCUUCGCCUCAGGAUCUUUGUAUCUCGCCUGUACUUCUGUGACAUGGAGGACAGCCGUGAAAGAGAGGGCCUAAGAAUGCUGAAACAAGCUGGCGUGCAGAUCACAGUCAUGAGUUACAAAGACUUCUUCUACUGCUGGCAGACCUUUGUGGCUCGUAAGCAGAGCAAAUUCAAGGCCUGGGAUGAGCUGCACCGAAACUCUGUUCGCCUCGCCAGAAAACUCAACCGCAUCCUCCAGCCCUGUGAAACAGAAGAUUUAAGAGAUGCCUUCAAGCUUCUUGGACUGUGAAACACACCUUACUCUGGUGUUACCAUUAAGUCUAUAGAGAAAAAGACAUGUUUGUGUUUGUCCAUCACUACAACUGCUAAACUGAGAAUGAGAAAAACUGAGAAAAAUAGCUUUUAAAUUGUGGCAAGGCUUGAAACGUUACGUAGCUGCUGCUUGCUGAUUCUGUAGCAAGAUGGUAAUCUGAAAUAAAAAUAAUAUACAAUGA